AUGAUGGGGGGGCUCCGCUCCCAGCUGGCUGUGCUGCUCCUGCUGCUGGUGCUGCUGUCCUCAGCACAUGGUGCUGAGAAGAGUCAAGACCAGCCAGUGUUCAGCCGUAUCAUCGGGGAGCAGGAUGCACAGGAGGGUCGAUGGCCCUGGCAGGUCAGUAUGCAGGAAUCUGAUGAUGAAAAACUUGAAUACCACCACAUCUGUGGAGGAUCCCUCAUCUCAGCCCAGUGGGUGGUGUCAGCCGCUCAAUGCUUCAAUAGCUAUCGCAAUGAAUCUAAGUAUUGCAUGAAGCUGGGGGAGUACCAGCUCCCCAACCCCUCCCCGACCUGCAUCUCGUCCCCAGUGUGUCACUUUAUCAGACACCUCGACUAUAAACAGAGCAUGUACUUCGCUGACAUCGCCCUGGUGCAGCUGACGGAACCUGUCAACUUCAUGAACACCAUCCCCAUCUCCCUGCCCAGCCCCUCCACCCAGUUCCCAGCCGGGGAAAAGUGCUGGGUCACUGGCUGGGGCAAAACUGGGGCAGAGUAUCAAGGUGCACUUCAGCCACCCUGGACGCUUCAAGAGCUGCAGGUUCCUCUCGUCGAUGUGUUGACCUGCAGAGAACUCUUUGGGGAAAAGAGCCACUGGAUCAAAGAUGACAUGCUGUUCGCUGGGUCCAGGAGUGACCCUAAUGGCCCCUGCAAGUGUGACUCCGGGGGGCCUCUGAUCUGUCCAGGGAAUGGCAGCUUCGUCCUGACUGGGAUCAUCAACUGGAGCAAAGACUCCUCACCCCUACUCCCCAAGGUGUACGUCCGGGUCCCAGUCUAUGUCAACUGGAUCCAGAAUGUCGCGGGUGGUGCUGGCCUCUCGAUCGUCUCUCCUUCUGUACUCAGUGCCGGUAUCACCCCAUUGGGGUCCCUAAGCAAUGGCUUAGUCUGCUUGUGCCUAGCGCUGGCUCUGGUUGCACCGCUCCUUGCUGGGCUCCUGCUGACGGCCCUGUGA